AAUGGAGCGAGCGAGCGAAAGGCGGCACAGCAGACACAGCCUGCGUGACUUCGUCAGGCAACGGAGACACGGGCGCAAAGACAUGCAGACGUUGGUCGCCAGCUCGUCAAGCCUGGGAAGUAAGCACAUAGAAAGCCCCAGGGUUCAGGAUAGCUAGAGAGGGGGACGCAGUAGAAGAGCGGAGCUUGAGCACCUUUCCUAGAACUUCAUUCUUGGCGACCAUGGGCAGCCGCUGUCGCGUCGCAAGCUUUGAGCUCGCAUGCGAGGACUCGCGUAGGAACGAAAUACCAUGCUGCAAGCUUUGCAGCUGCUUGAAAGUCUAUGCAUGUGUGCAGGCUUGUACAGUGUGCAUGCACAGACGGACCGCAGAUGCCGGACACGAUGCACCUGCUGCUCCGCUGGAGAGGUUCGGUUGAAGGGUGGUGCGAUCAACGAAAGCCAGAGCACGGUCAGGGCCGGUCAGACGGCGCGGGUACAGCAGGCAGACAGGGGCCUGCGUGCUGGUGGCGCGAUUGGCAUGCAUGGGAUCAAGCAUGCGAGAGCAGGAGCCAAGGAGAACGAAUGCGUUGCAAUAGGCUGCGGAGUGCAGUGGGUCGGCCUCCGGCCAGAGCCCGUUUGCUCUCUCGCCAUAUUCACAAUUGUCCAAUGCUGGCGGUUGGUGCUUGGGAGGUGGGGGGCUGUGACGCGUACAGUGCCCGGAUAUUCACUUCUGACAGAUUGCGGCAAGGCCGCAGCUGGUAGAGUGGAGCGACGAUGAUAGACGUUGGUUGGUCCGCCGCCAGACUGGCUCCCAGCUCGUGGGGCUGACCGCCAGGCCAGCAAUGUUGGACGCUGAAUAUGAAAAUGCAACGGCUGGACCGCUUUACUCUGCAUGAAGGCAGACCCCACGACCCGCCCAGGCCAGGCCCACAAUUAGAA